AUGACCAGGCCUUCCUUGUCAGCGUUUGAUAGACCAACAAUACCAAGUGGAGUUGUAUCAUAUCCGCCUGUAUGUCAGAUAACUUAUAAAUGUUACGUGUGUCAAAGACGAUUUACUGCUCGUUCUUCGUGUCUGCGUCAUAUGACCAAUUUGCAUGGAGCUGUAACAUCAGAGCUGAAGUGGAAUCUUUUGACUGAAACAAAUUAUGUCGCAUCUACUCCAGCUGGACCUAAAAACAAUAACCCUAAUUUGUUGUCGUUGUUGAAUAAUAAUAAUAAUAAUAAUAAUACCCCAGCUACUGGAUCCGGCUCAACAGCACCACCAGCGACGACGUCAUCGUCAUCAUCGUUGUCUAAAUCAGGUGAAUCUGUUCGUGAAGAGAAUGACAGCAGCAGCAGUAGCGAUGGUGUUGUCAGAAAGAUAUUCUUUUGUGCACUUUGUAAUAAGUGUUAUAGGUCACGACAUAGUUUAUUAAGACAUAAAACUUUACAUCAUGGACAGGCGAAUAGUCAGGCAGGCUGGCAAGCAGACUAUUAUUAUUAUUAA